AUGUCUGGACUGAUUACGGCGCAGCUGCUGUUCCUUGAGGCGGAGGAUGCGUCGCGGCCCAUCAGGCUGUACAUCAACUCACCUGGAGGAAGUGUGACGGCUGGACUUGCCAUCUACGACACGAUGCAGUACAUCUCGUCUCCAGUGCACACGUUCGUGCUGGGCCAGGCCGCGAGCAUGGGAUCGCUCCUGCUCGCUGGAGGUGAGAAGGGCAAGCGCUUCAGUCUGAAGCACUCGAGCGUUAUGAUCCACCAACCGUCCGGCGGCGCGUCUGGCCAGGCGAGCGAUAUCGCCCUGCAUGCCAAGGAGAUCCUUCGCAUCCGCGACGUGCUCACCAACAUCUACGCCGAGCACUGCAGGAAGGAGGGCGAGAGCCUCGAGGACGCACGGAAGCGUUUCACGACGGCACUCGAGCGCGACUACUUCAUGACGGCGCAGGAGGCGCAGGAGUUUGGUAUCGUUGAUCGGAUCGUAGAGCGCCGCGCCAAGGACGAGACGGAGGAGGCGGAGGAGAAGGACAGCGAGAAGAGCGAGUAG